GGAAUGUGAAAAACCCCACGUGGGGACAUGCAGGAGACAGCAGCAGCAGCACGUGACACCCACAGCAGUGCAGGGUUUAGUCUGAGUUUAACUUCAGCUCUGGGAGGAGCCAGGCUGAUGGUGUUCAGGGAUUCACUGUGUUCCUUUUUUGGGGGGUUUGGCGUGGGCAGGGCUCUCUCUGGGGCAGCACAGGUGGUUGGGGUGGUGCCUGAGCUGCUCCUCCAGCCUGCUGUGCCCCAGAUCCUGGAUGUGCUGCAGGCUCUGAGGCCUCUGCAGCCCCAGCCCAGCCAGGAGCAUCACAAGGGGCUCCCCGGGUGGCCAGGUCUCCUUUGCAGCGUGUCCCACCUUAGCCUUACUCCAGGGCACGCAGAAAGCAAGGGCAGAACUUGGCAACCAGGGAAGCUGUCUUUGCCCAUCCUUCUUCUACAGAUAAGGGCUCAACUCCAUUCUUGCAGCUGUGUCAGCCUGGUGUGUGCUGCUGGAGCCCCUCCUCAGGUGGCUUUGGGGAGGAGAGAGCUGUUAAUGAAGGAUUUGCCUCCUCGGGGUUCUUUCUCUGCUUUGAAGAGCACCCAGCUCAGCUGUGCACUUUAUCCCUCUGCCUCCCCUUCCUCUGCAAAGUCCCCCUUUUUAAGCAGGCUCAGGACAAGUGAGGGACACUUGUCCACACCCAGCAGUGUCAUCCCCCUGCCACCCGUGUCCCCUGCCUGUCCUUGUGCUGCUGCCAUCCAGGGCAGCACGCUGGGAAGGGGGACACGGGGCCCUCAGGGCUUCCUCCAACUUUUACCACUUUUAGGCACUUUUUUUGUCCCCUGUCUGGGUUUGCACAGCGGUGCUGAGGCCCCAGCACUGUGGCAGGGGAUCACUGCUCCUUCACAGCCGUGCCGUCCAUGCCAGGCCACCAGUGGCCACCAGACUGGUCUGGGUACUGCCAGCAUGACCCAGGUGCUGCCAGUGGGACCUGGGUGCCACCAGGGUGACCUGACUGCUGCCAGUGGGACUUGGGUGCCACUGGUGUCGCCUGGGUACUGCCAAGGUGACCUGAGUGCUUCCAGUGUGACCCAGGUGCUGUUGGUGUGACUCAGGUGCUGCCCAGGUGCCACCAGUGUGACCUGAUGCCACUGACAUGGCCGGGUAUUGCCGGUUAUCAUAGAAAGCAAUAAUUCCUCAUCGGGCCUUUCCCUUCAGGGAUUUCUGUGCUGGAAGCAGGAGAAGCUUUGAGGCAAGAAAUCUCGCUGACAUGAUUGUUUAUUUUAUUUUUAUUUUAUGUAUCAUUCAUUUUUUGCUUUGCCCCCUCCCUGCUGACCCGGCCUUGGUGCUGCAGGAGGGAGGGUUAAUUAUUUUGGGUAAAAUCUGAGCAAAUUCCUGCGUCUGGGAAAAAAAAAAAAGAAAAAAAAAGGUUAUUUUUUUUCUUUGCUGUUAAUACCUGUGAUUAUUUUAUACAGUAAAUUUUAAAGCUUACAGUUUUAUAAUUUAAUAAAGGUGACGGUAUUUGCGGGCA